AUGAAUCCUUCGGUCUCACGUGGAAGAAUCGCGAGUCAUAAGCAAACGCGUAACAAACAGCAGCAAGUUUGGAUCGAAACCACGUAGAGAUCGUGAUGACAAAAGCCCUGUUCAUGCCCAACGCACUUCCGGCAGUGUCCACUUGCCAUUAAUGACAGAACAGGGACCUCUCCAUGAAGUUGUGCCAUCGUCGCAUCCGGCUCACCUGCGGAAGUUGACCAUCCGUAUACCCAAGGAGCUAUGGAACACGACAAGCCCACCAUCAGACUUGUCUCGUAAAGAGGACGUAGUAGAACCGCCCAGACCAUCGCCUCGUCGAAGCUUAAUAGUAAAACUCCGCCUGAAGCGUCCUUCAGCACCCCCAGCCAAUCCGACGAUCACUUCAUCUUUAACCCCACACCACUCCUCCUCUGCUUCCCAUCAACUUCUAGCUUCCGUUCCAACAGAACCCCACCCCUCUGAUUCUCCCGAUCAGGCCGCGAGAUCAACACCAGCCAACCGCCAGAGACCAAAAUCCUGCGGCGUGAAAAUUUGGCGCUGGAUCCCCGGGGGCCCGGAACACAGGUAUUCAGGGACUUAUAUGCAUGAGAUGUAUCUCCAACAACCCUGUUUGCAAUCCACCUGUCGGAGCUGUAGGGUCUACCAUCGUGGUAUUGUUCAGGAGCCUUUGUCGUUGCGGAGUCGUUUCCCGGGUUCUGAGGUUGGAGGGGGAAGGAAUGAGAGUGCGCAGAGACAAAGUGAGGAGGGAAGGGAAAGCGAGCGGGAUUGUUGAAGGCGCAGAUACAAUCCAGCUGGGUACGCCUGCUUGGAGUCGCGGCGUCGAAACUCCGCCCAGCUGAUCAAGCUGA